AUGGGUCGUGCCAGCAAGGAGCCCUUGGCACCUGUUGCUGUUCAUCUGGGGGGCAACGUGGUCCGGCUGCCCCCAGAGAUGCUGGGUGGGGGGUGGUCGGGGAUCAGUAGCACUGCUGGCGAGCCCCAGGACGACGAGCGGGCCGCCUUGGACCUGCUGUUGGG